AGAAGAGCUCGUGACGUUGCACACCUGCUCGCGAGCUUUGUGAUGAGAGUUUCGAGCGAAGAUCGAACAGUGGAGCGAGACUGAUUGUAACUGACAGCCAGCGACACCGUGUCUCCUGAAUGUGGAGGUGUUGGAAGGUUAGUGAUGACAUCACGAUUUCGUGUGCUGGGUGGGAGAACAAACCAUACACGUGCUUUUGAAAUACCAAGAGACAAGCAUCGGUCAGAGAUCGUCUGUAAUGUCCAGUUCCUUGAUGGAAAUUUGCAGAGCUUCAAAGUUAAUAAACAAGAUGUCGGUCAAGUUCUGUUGGAUAUGGUUUAUAAACACCUGGACUUGAUCGAGAAAGAAUAUUUUGGUUUACAAUUUAUAGAUGACUCAAUAGAGUGUCCUAGGUGGCUUGAACCUAGCAAACCUAUCAGGAAACAGUUUAAAGGAGGUGCAGUAAAUUUCCGAGUGAGAUUUUUUGUAACAGACCCAAAUGCUCUGCAGCAAGAACAGACAAGACACUUAUAUUUUUUACAACUGAAGAAGGACUUUAUUGAUGGAAGGUUACCUUGUCCUCACAAUAAAGCAGCCUUACUUGCUUCCUAUGCAGUCCAGUCUGAACUUGGAGAAUACAAUCCUUCUGAGCAUCAUCCUGGCUAUAUUGAAGACUUCCAUUUUGUACUUGAUAAAAACCAAGAAUUUCAAACCACUGUGAUGUCCUUGCACAAACAACACAGAGGUCUUAAACAAUCAGAAGCAGAACUUGGUUACCUAAGUAGAGCAAAAACCCUUGAAUUUUAUGGUGUGGAAUUGCACAAUGCAAGGGAUCAAGGCAAUUUAGAGAUGCAGAUUGGAAUAUCCUCUGAAGGACUACGUGUCUAUCGAAAUAUGGCUCGAAUCAGUUUUUAUCCCUGGUCAGAAGAACAACAGUUACCAAAGAUAGUUUCAGGGGAUGAAAUGCAACAACAGUUCUCACACUGUACCAAAAGACAGCGACGAUCGUUGGUACAUUCAGUGAAUGGUGUAGAAACUGUUAUACCAUGCGAUGAUCACAUAUCUGUGUCUCCGCCACUGGACGGUGUUGACUUGCAGUUUCUUGAGACUUAUGGCUUUAAAGCACAGAGAACAAACAUGGAUGAAACAAACCCCUGCCAAUACUACUGUGAUGACAAGACUGAUCUGGUAAACACUGAUAAUGGCUUUCUUUGCGUUCGCAUGAUACCCGAUGAAGAAGGAAAGUUUGGUUUCAACUUAAAGGGUGGAGUUGAUCAGAAAAUGCCCCUAAUUGUUUCAAGAGUAAGCCCAGGAUCACCAGCUGACGUAUGUGUGCCAAAACUGAAUGAAGGGGAUCAGAUUUUGUUGAUUAAUGGCAGAGACAUCUCUGAACAUACUCAUGACCAAGUUGUCAUGUUCAUAAAAGCAAGCAGAGAAUCACACUCCAGAGAACUUGUGCUGUUGGUCAAAAGAAAAGUUACAAGCAGUCAUAAAGAGGACAAAGUGGAAGAGGAAAUAGACUUCCGGUGUUUUCCAAAUAAUUCUAUUCAUUCCUCAUAUCCUGAAUAUGGUGAUUCAUUAGAAGAAUCCAUGAUUCAGCUUCGAAAAGGACUUGAAAGUGGAGCUAUACUUAAUCAGUUUGAUCAACUGUACAGAAAAAGACCUGGAAUGGCUAUCUCACAUGCAAAGAUGGCACAAAAUAUGGACAAAAACAGAUACAAAGAUGUAUUGCCAUAUGAUGUUACUAGGGUUGUAUUGGAUGGAUCGGAAGAUUAUAUUAAUGGCAGUUAUGUUAAUAUGGAAAUUUGCGGUACUGCUAUCCAAAAUAAGUACAUAGCAUCCCAAGGUCCACUUCCACAUACCUGUCAGCAUUUUUGGCAAACAGUUUGGGAGCAAAGUUCAUCUUUAAUUGUCAUGUUAACAACCCUUACAGAAAGGGGACGGGUGAAAUGCCACCAGUACUGGCCAGAUCCUCCAGAAGUAUGCAAAUAUGGCAGCUUUCAUGUCACAUGUCACUCAGAAGAAUAUAGCAUUGCCUAUGUUUUCCGAGAAAUGACACUUACUAAUUUAGAGACGGGCCUAGAACGUGGUGUCAGUCAUCUUCAGUACGUAGCGUGGCCUGAUCACGGUGUUCCUGAUGAUUCAAUGGAUUUCUUUGACUUUGUGACUUAUGUGAGACAGAAAAGAAUCGGAAGAAACAAUGAGCCAGUUAUUGUUCAUUGCAGUGCUGGAAUUGGUCGAACUGGUGUCCUUAUUGCUAUGGAGACAGCAAUGUGUUUAAUUGAAAACAACCAACCUGUAUACCCACUGGAUAUUGUUAGAACAAUGCGAGACCAGCGUGCCAUGAUGGUACAGACAUCGAGUCAAUACAAAUUUGUAUGUGAAGCCAUCCUGCGCGUGUACGAGGAAGGUUUAAUUCAACCGUUGGAAGCAUGCCAGGCUGCAAGUUAGUACCCUUGUUGGAGAAUUUUGACUAAUUUCUACAGAUUCAAACAAAUCUGAAAAUGUAGUGCACAUCAGUGCUUGGCCCACUCUAUCAAUCUAAAGGAAACCCACUUGAUGAUUGAGCACAUCUGAUGACUGACACUUAACACCGAUGUUUAAAAAAGGAAUUUAUCUGUAAAUCUUUGUUCAAAAAGCAUCAAGUUUUAUUAACUGUUCUGUUUCAAGUUGUUAGUUUUGUCAUUCCAACACAUCUUUUCGAGAAACUGCUGAGGACCGGGGUAUCUUUUGAAAUUGAAAAGGUUGAUGGCAGUUAAAAUUUAGUCCAUGACACACUAACACCACAAAUAGCAAUGAACUUAUUUAUAGCCCAGUGGAUGCAGUUUAAUGGUUCUGAUUAAUGCUGCUAAUUUUUUUUUCUCAUUUAAUCACCUCAUGGUUAUUGGUUAAAAACCAUUAACUUCUGAUUAUUUAGGACUAUUUAUUACUUAAAUAUCAUCUCAUUCACAGGUCAUAAACAUCUCUAUUCCAUGAAAUUAGAAUAGCUUUGCAUUGAACUGGAAAGCUCCCCAGCUUUCUAGUAACUACACUGUAGAACAAUACAAUUUAACUGUAAAACACAGGCUCAAUGUGCGAAUGUUUGUGUGCACAGUUGGUGAAGUCACAUGUUUGACCCUUCUGAUUAGAUUAAAAGUUAAUGAAUUUUUCAUACAUUUUAAGUAAGAGUAAUCAAGAAGUGCAACAGAAAUGCUGCAGUACAAGUGAUCCUUUAUUGAGCGUCAGGCAAAAAAAAAAGGGUGACCUGGUAUUUGCUUUAGUAGAGGUCCAAAUUUUGAACCCCAGAUUUCACUUGGUGUUCAGACCUGUCUGUCCUCAUAGGACAUUAUAUUUUUUGAACUGGUUAUUAGAAAGGCCAUAGAAUGGAGCUCUGUUUACGUUCAGACAGGGAAAGUGUCAUGGAAUCAGUCCCCAACAAUCUCUCAGAAUUAGUGCAAAUCCAAAAAGUCAGGGACUUCUGGCAAAAGGAAGGGACAAUUAAAUGAAAGAUAGUUUGAAUUGCCAAAUAUCAGAAUGUUAGGUUAUUUAGGCUGGAUCAAAUAUUUUAUAUUGUACUUUUGAAUAUUUAAAAUGUGGACACAGUAAGCUAUGGUAAAUUGAUAAUUUGGAAUAAUCUAAAUGGCCCAUUUCCCACUGCUGCAGAGAGAGGCACUGACCUGGCUUGUCUUUUCUGUGGUAUUUGUCAAGUGUUUUUAGUUUAUCGAGUACACUACAAUCUGAUAGGAUCAAGAGUAGCUCAAUUCAGUGCAACAUAGAUUUGCUAGGCAGUAUGUUGCACUGAAUUUUUGUGGUACCACAAGAAAACAAUUUCCAACUUUGAAGAUUUUCACCUAUGUGCUUUAAUUGACUGCAACUUCACUUUGCAUUCAUAUUUAGUUGAAUUUGUAGCUAGGUUCCCCAUGUGCUGAAUUGCUUGAGCUCACAGCAGUUCUGUUGAAGUUGUAUUGUUAAGACGUGAGUUUGUCAGAUUCAAGCCGCACUUUUGCAGCCAGUCAGACAGAAAUUCGCAGAUAUGUUAAAUGUUUCUGGAGGCCUAACAUCUCUUCCUCAACCAAAGAAGGAAGAGAUGUGUUAACUGGAUGAGAUGCAGAUGAUUUUAUUAUAAUUCAUACCACAAUGAAAUAACUCCAUGAAACACUUUUUGUGUGGUUAGUUAAGGAAAAGCAGUUGUUCUUUGAUUCAGCAAUUAUAAAAUUCCAUAGUUUUAUUAUUGCGUUGUAAUUACUAUACAAAGUAAUAGAAUAAAGCAGUAUUGUUAUGAAAGUAUGAUCUUCACUGUAGAAUUAGUGCCAAUUGAAACAAUUUUUGACAAGUCAAACAAAUAACUAGUCGAAGUAUGGAGGUGUAGCUGAAGAUGUGCUGUAUUGAGUAACUUUUCACAUAAAUUGACAUCCACUCACAUUUCAUCAUUUACGUUCUGAAAGAACCAAAGCCCUGUACUGUACAGUACUGUCCCACCUGUCCAAAGUCCUAUGCCAAGUGUUUGUAGUUUGGAGAAAAACAGCUUUGCGCAAUACCGUUCUUGUGAUUUGCUCUGGGUAUAGGUCAUUGGGGAUAGUAAAGGUGCAUUACUCUUCAGGAGCCACUCAUUUGCUGUUGUACACCCUUAUCUAAACCACCUCUGCUUCAAAUUGUGCUGGUUACUCGCACAUUUUAAAAAACUUAAAAAGCAGAUGUAUAAUUACUGGUGUUAUAUUUUAGGAUGUGAGCUUGUAAAUUGUGCAGCAUGUUUAUUUUGUAAUACAUAACCUUGUCGAUUCCAACACUGUCAUUCGUCCUUAAGCUGCAGCUGUGGUGAAAUUCCCUCUACCAGCCUGUCUGAAAUGUGGUGUAAUAGCAAUGCUAACUGGAAACCAAUUGGACAAUGUGAAUUACUGCCAUUUGACUGCACCGAUCUGAUUUUACUGUUUCUGUCCUUUUCAGGAUCAUUGCUUGUCCCUGUUUCCCCUGCCACUGUCUGGGACUACCAGGUGUGCCGUAAUGGCAGACCAGUGGCAUCAAUAAGAAUAACUCUGGAUGCUCCCAAAUGGGAGAGAGAGAAUUGAGCUUUUGCUCAGAUAAUUACUAGAGGCUUUAAACUCCACCAAGGGCUGUAAUUGGUUAACCAGUGCCAUCUUUAAGAAUCUCUGGCCUGUUUAAUGCACCAGUAGAAUCUGUGCUUACAGGGGAUUCUAUUGAGCAGCUUCAAUGAAUUCUUUCACGACAACAAGAAAUUGAUCCAAGGUUGUGGUAGCAGGUAGAAUUCACACCUUGAGUCUUUAGAUAUAGGAUGAGAAAAACUCAGCUGGUAGGUUUUGAUUCUGUGAUUCAUUCUGAAGGCAAAUAGUUUUCAAGAUUCUGCAUUCCAUUUCACAUUUGUAUGGUCCAUAAUUCCUGAAAUUGUAGUGAGUUUUUAAUAAGUCCUUGCCAUGAAUUUAAUAUCCUUCCUAUAAUGGUGUGGCCAGAGCUGCAAAUAAUAGUUCAGAUGUGGGAGAGAAAAGAAAAAGUCAGAACUAGGUGAUUUACUUUAUCAUCCAUUAAGCUGUGGCUGAUCUGUAUGUCACCUCUCAUAUCCUUGACUGACAAGAAUACAUCAAUAUAUCUUGAUCUUGAAAAUUUCAGUUGAUUGUGUACCAUCAGUUUUCUGGAGAACAGAUGUCUACCAUCUUCACAUGAUUAAAGGAUUUCCUUAUUUUACUCCUAACUCUAAUUUUAACAUUAUACUCAUUUAUUCUCACCUCCUACACCAAAGAAAUAGUUUCUGUAUGUAACCUAUGAAAUCUCUUUCCUAAAUUUAAGACAUCAAUUAGAUUGCCAUUCAACCUGCUCAAAUGAAAAGAAGACAAAUUAAGUGUUGUACCUGUUCUCAGAAUUGAAUCACUUAACCCUUGUUACAUUCUGGUGAAUCCAGUGAAAAUAAUUUAUAUAUUCUGAAUAAACUCGAGUCUCAACUCCAUACUGGUUCUGACCAAGCUUUUAUACAUUUGAAAUAUUGCUUCUUCAACUGCUUUUUUCAAGCCUGUGAUAAAGGCCAAUGUUAUGUUAGUCGUUUUAAUUCCUUGUUUUGUAUUUAUUGCUCCUAAGGAAUAAAGCCCCAGCUUCUAUUUGUCUUUUUGCAGCUUUUCUUUUAAAAGCCUCCAAUCACAUCUUUAGAAAUUUACAGACUUCUGAAUGUUUCUAAAAAAUUUACCCUUUAGAGAACACGCAUCCCUUUCUCCAAAACACAUUGCGUCACAUUUCUUUGCAUUCCAUGUCGCUGCACUCACUGCAGGUAUGUCUUACGUUCCUCAACAUCUAAUAUUUCUAUUAAUUUGGCCUCAAGCUUCAAUAUCAUUGCUCUUAUACCUAUAUUAAAAUAAUUUCAGUAAAUAGAGAACAAAACAGGCCACAACUCUCCUGUGGAUUCAAUAUUAGAAAAUACCAAGUUCUGUUCUUUCUGGAUUUACCCUUGUUUUAUAGAAGAGAAAAGGAUAUGUUUUAACUCCAUGUUCUAUUUCCAAAGGUAACAUGUAUCCAAGUUUACUCAUGAGAUAAAAAUGCCAUUGUAAGUAAUAUAGAUAGAAUCUUAAAAUUUCAAAGCAAUGCUGAUAGCUUUACUCGAUCACUAAAUCUGUGGCUAAUAAAUUUCAAUUCAGAGGGCCACAGCUUUGAGCGUUUUGAAUUUUGAAGGUGAAAGUGUGAUUUGAUUAAAGUUUUUCAGAUACAAAUGGGAAUUGAUUAGGUAGGUAGUUCCUCCCAAUCUCUAAGAGUAGAGAAGUCAAAAACUAGGAUAUAGUCUAAAAAUUAGAGUCAGACUCAGGAGUUAAGUUAAGAAACACUAACAAAGAUUAUGAGAAAUUUAGAACUCUCAUACAUUGUAGAGUACUGUCCUAAACAUUGUUGUUGAAGCAGAGCCCAUUAUUACAUUUGAUGAGAAUCAGGUACUUCUUUGAAGAAGAGGGGAAUUAAAUAGAAUGUGAUGUGAACAAGUGGGAUUAGAUCAUGUAGAUUGUGUGGAGAAAUGAGUAAGUGUUAACCUGAUGAAUAGAGUGUCCUUUUUCUGUGCUGUAACAUUGCCAUAAAUGAUAAAUCAGAGUCAUAGCUUUAAGAUGUCUGGUGAAAGAGCUAGAGGAGUUUAUCUUUUUUAUAUGGAGCGAGGUAUGAUCCAGAAUGCACCCCCAAAGUGAGUACAAGCUGAUUCAUGAAUGACAUUAAAAAAGAAGUUGCAUGUAGACUUGAAAGUGACAUUUUUCAGACAAAUGGUGAACGAGAUUGACUGGAUAACUUUAUAAUGCACUGACAGGCACAAUGGGCCAGGUAAUCUCCUGAUUCUGUGCUUCCAGAGUUAUCUAUCAGAUGUGCAUUUUUAUUUAUAUGUGUAUCUGUAAAAAAAAGUUACUUUAAAAUCUACAUGCAUUUACAUAUUCCUUGUUUCUGAGAAUACUAUUAAAAGUAAAUGUGAGGUAUGAAGGGGAUGAUUAAUCUUGAAUGCGAUCAAUAAUUAAUCUGCAGGGCUUAAAUUGAAUAUUGCAAAUUCAUAUUUUCUUUUACUGAUAUCAUUGCAAUCAACAGCAGCUAAUUUGAUAAUUAAUUUUGAUGUAUAGAAAUCUUAUUUAUAAAUGACCCAUCUGCAAAUACUUCUACACUUUGCAUUAUUUGAAAGGUGCCAUGAAAGGAAUCCAUGUUGGUUUUAGUGUACUUUCACUAGAAGAACGUGAGGAUUGAAAAAAAGACACGUAUUAGGGACUGUCUGAAAGGCUGGGAACUCCUGCUCCUCCUGGUCUGUAAGAAAUGCAAUAAAAAUGUACAUACCUUCUGGAACCAUUUCUUUUUCACUCCUAUUUGGUCUAUGAAAAUCUGAUUUAAAUAAAUUAAUGAAACACCCUGCCUUUCCAUACAAGGGCGUUUCAUCUGUUACUAGCCACUGCAGAGCAAAAGGCAGCACACCCUCUCCCUUUGUACAUAGAACGUAGAGCACUACAGCGCAGUACAAGCCCUUCGGCCCUCGAUGUUGCGCCAACCUGUGAAACCAAACUGAAGCCCGUCUAACCUACACUCUUCCAUUAUUAUCUAUAUGUUUAUCCAAUGACCAUUUAAAUGCUGUUAAACUUGGUGAGUCUACUACUGUUGCAGGCAGGGCAUUCCACGCCCUUACUACUCUACUCUCUGAGUAAAGAACCUACAUCUGAAAUCUGUCCUAUAUCUAUGCACAUUGCUAAAAAAUACUUUACCCCUCUCCCAGCCAUUGAAGGGGAAAGUUAGGAAAAAGAUAGCAUUAAGGCCAUAGUGUAAGCUGCUGUCUGUUGUUUUGUGCAUACAGUAGUAUGGCAAGCCUACCUGAGCAGUAGAUAAAAUCACAUUAAGCACACGAGCGCAGAUUAUUAGUCUUAUUUAUUCAUUCUUAGGAAUUUGUGUUUGACUGCAAAUUUUAAACCUUACAAUUGUGUGCAGAAGGCAAUAGGCAGUGUAUUUCACUAUGGCUGUGGUACUAACUUCCCGCUAUCUUACCCUUUAAUGGUUAGGAGGAGGAUAAAAUAUGUUUUGGCAAUGUGCAAUAUGAUCUCUUCUCCCUUUGUGACAAGUACAGUUGUACUGCCAUUUGUUCUGCAGUAGCUAGCAACAAAUGAGAGUGCCCUAGUACAGAGAAGUAGAACAUUUCGUUAAUCAAUUUAUAUCAGGCUCUCUCAGACCAAUUGGAAGUGAAAAAAAUGGUUCCAUGAGGUAAGUACGUUUUAUAGCAUUUCUUGUAGACUAGGAGAAGCAGGGAGCUCUUAGCCUUCCACUGUUCUGAGGAAGGAUCACUGGACUCGAAACGUUAACUCUGAUUUUCCUUCACAGAUGCUACCAGACCUGCUGAGCUUUUCCAGCAGCUCCUGUUUUUGAAGCCUUUCAGGCAUUGCUUAGUGCCUGCCUCUUUUUCCAUCCUCGUGUCCAAAUCUGGAAACUGCCCCCUUCCUGAGUGCUGGGAUCAUUCCCAAAGAACCUGUCACUUUAGCCAACUGCCAAACACUGAUUGAAUAAAUUAAAGUUAAUGAGGUCUGUUCCUAAUAUGUGUUCCCUUAAGGGCAUAAAAUUUACAACACAACCUUUAAAUGCAAAGUAUAUGUUAAUUUUAGUUUCGUUAUCAUUUCAUUAUUAGUUCCAUAAACUGGUGACUACCUUUUUUUUAGGAAAGGUUACAUGUCAGAUUUGUACAAUACUUGGUUUCAUAAUCUAUAUUAUAUGUAUGCAUAAGUCGGACUCAUUGGGUUUAUAAAUCAUACAAGUGCAAGUGCAAUUUGUAUGAUGAAUAUUUCCAGUGCCUGGCAUGAAAUGCUGCAAAAUCCAGUUUUUGGAUUAUGUAUACAUAUUUCAUCUCUACAAUAAGAAGACAUAACAUGCAUGAAUGUAACUUACAUUUCAUUUGCAUUCAAGAAGAAAUAUGGACUUGACUUUUUCAUUAUGACUCAUUGAAACAGUGCAACAUGCACACAGUAAAUCCUCUUCUUACAUAAAAUGGAAUUUUAUGACACUGUAUUUCAAUAGACAGUUUUGUCCAGAAAGUAUAUAUGAACAUUUAAAUUUGUGCUUUGCACAGUUUUCCAAAUCUUUCAGUUUUGACUCAAUGAUAACAUAUUUGGUCUCUAAACCAAAAGCUGGGCUGAAGUCAUACUCAAGAGAAAUGAACGUAUGAUCAUAGGGCUUCAGGAGGACAAAGCUCCCCACAAGAAAUUCAAAAUGAGAAAAAUGCCACUAUGGAGUAAUUCAUGUCAGCACAACAUAUCAGUCAAUGUAGAAAUAAAUCAUACUCCUGUUUUGUUCAUAUUUACCAAAAAAAGUAAAAUCCAGUAUUUUGUGUUUAGCUGCUGAUAUUUAAGUGAUGACUACAUUUUACAUUGGUCAUGGACCUGAAUGAAAAUUUUAUUAACUGAAUUUUAAAAGCUUAAUUUACAUUUAUAUUUUGGUUUUCUCAUAUAUAUAAUUUUUUGAAGUAAAAUGCUAAAUAGUUCAAAUAAGUGAAGUUUAUUUUUUAUGGGUUGUAGUUUGUUUCUUUAAAAUUUGGCACUCAGCAUGUGAGGGCCAAGGCAUGAACUAUUGUUUUUUUUUAUCCUCAAGAUGAAACUUAUUCUGUCCUAAAGUGCAACUGAGUAGAACUCAGACUUGCACUGAGAUGUUGGUCUUUGCUGUAUUUUAAUUAUGCAGUAAGACUAACACAAUAACUUGUAGUGACAGUUAGUUACUCAGUCUAUUUUGAAACUUAAUAGAAUAUGCCAAGUGGCUGGGUAAUUUGGUUCUUCUCUGACAAAUUUUUGAUCAAAAUAGCUAGUUAACUUUUUUGUUUUGAAAAAAGGUUAGUGCAUUAAAUGAAAAUCUGAAUUAACCUCUGCCAUGAUUCUGCUAUCAGUGUACUUCCUGCCUAGUGAUCCAGAGCAGUCAGAAUAUUUCUGGGAAACUAACACCACAGUAAGCUUGCAACUCACUUUUUAAGUAACUCGGAUUUCAGUGUUUUGUAUUAACAUUGUCCUUUGGUGCACUUUCAGUACCAUAGCCUAUAUGUGAAAUUAUUCUCAUACAUGAAUAUCUGUAAAUGUACCUAGAUGGCGUCAUUUAGAACUAUUUAUUCUGCUUUUCCUAGAUCUUGAUUUGUUUCUACGUUCCAGUGUUCCAUGAUUGCCCAUUAAUGUUUUGCGAUAGAAUAAUUUUUUGAGUUUUCACAGAGACAUAUUAUUUCCUAUGCGUACAGUGCCUUAUUUCACUUCGACCAAUGAGCAAUACAGAACAAAGUCUGUGUAUAGUAUAAUUUAAGAAUGUAAAGAAAUGCUUUCGAAAGAAUCCUCAAAGUCAUCUAGCAGAUGUUUGUCAAUUAAAUCACAGAAAUUAACUUAAGCUUGAUUUAUUUACUUAAUUUGCUGCCAGGUAGUAAAGAAUGUCUUUGAAGUGCAACUUUAUAUGAGGGUUCGUGAAAGUCCUAAUGAAAUAACUAAACUAAUUUCAAGAACAAACUUCUCCCACAAAUAGUUACUCUCACUUGCUUUGAUUUCAUUCAUUGUAAAUGUAACACUGACAGAAAUGGAAUCUGAUACUGGUAUUUGUGUACACCAAUGAACUGAACUUGAUUGAAGACGGUAUUGUUUGGUAGCCAAACCCAAUGAAAUAAUCAUUUGUUUGUUAAAUUGAUCAUGAAUAUGUUGCUUGAACUGACUGCAAAUGGUAGAAUUGUUUUAACUUUCUCAUGAGAAUGGCAGUUUGGCACUAUUGUUCUUAUUCAUAGUUUAAGAACAGUAAUCACUUUUUUGUUGUUUGAAAAUAGUACUUAAGACACUGGAACAUAGUAUAUUUUUCUUUCUUCAGAAUGUUAAAUUGUCUGUUUUGGUUAUUCCAUUAUAUUGUACACUGAAAUUUUAAAUACUGUUUGAUAUCUGAUGGAUUCAAUUUUAGAUUAUUAUGUUUUUGUUUUGGUGGUGAUAAGCAGAUUUUUGUCAAAAUAGAUUUUUUUUUAAAUCUUCAUUGGGGAUUUUCUUGUAAAACAUUAAAAUUCAAAAUAAUUGUGAAUACUUGAUUGUUUUUAAAAAAUCAGAAUUAGUAUCUUAACUGACUGCUCUGAAUAAAUAAGUUGUAAAUUGGUGUUAAUACAUGCAACAUUUAAAUUAUUAAGACACUUAGUAACUUUCCUGAAUGAAUGUAAUAAAACGAAAAAUUGUUUUAUUUUUGUAGCUCCACUUAAAAGUUAAUGUUAAAAUUAGUAAUUGUGCUUAUUUUGGUUCUGGAGUUGUAGGAAACAUGCAGCAGCAUGA